GAGGUGAUUAGAGCAUGUACUGCCAUCUCUAAGGUUUUGUCAGUUAAAAAGUGCUUAAUUUUUGAUAAAAUGUGUAGCUGAUAAAAACUCGAUCCAAUGACAGCAGAAACUUGUUUAUCAAGUUUUAAGGACUCGUCUAAGACAACACCCAGAUUCCGUAUCUGCGGAGACCUAAAGACAGAUAGACAUCUUUAAUCAAGAAUGGAGCCCAGUGGUAACAGAUACAGGGAAAACAGGGAAGGCGCCAGAAUUGGUCCUUGAGGAAGACCACAAGACAGCGGGGCAAUGGAGGAGGAAAAGUUACCCAGUAUAUCUACAUACUUUCUGUUUGAUAGUGCGUAAAAACAUAGAACUAUGGCUUCUCAGACCAAAGUGAUGAUGCUUCUUAUUCUUGCCACAACAGGAGCAGCUUUGGCUGUGGCAAACCCAUUAUCAGUGGCCGAGCAUCACAUUGUGAAAGAUCAAGAAGUAAUGCUUGCAUUUUCUGACAAAUGCCCAUUUGGAUGGUCCUACUAUUCCGGUCGUUGCUACUUGUACAACGGCGACAAACUGGGUUGGGCUUCUGCAGAGAAAUUCUGUCAGGAUAUUGAUGCACACUUGGUCUCAAUACACAGUGAGAAUGAAUAUCAGCAGAUAAAGGCUCUUAUCCGUAGUUAUGACCCCAUGGAGAAUCCAACAUAUAUCGGCCUCAGUGACUGUCAGAAGGCUUAUCAAUUCUUUUGGUCUGAUGGCACCAAAUUGACUUUCACCAAGUGGAAUCCAGGAGAGCCAAAUAAUUAUAACAACAAAGAGCGCUGUGUGCAUAUAAAUGCUGGUGACAAAAACUGGAAUGAUAUUAAUUGUGACUACACCUAUCCCUCUGUGUGUGCCAAGAAAAGUUGCUGAAAUGCUUCCUACUGCAUCUCACCAAAUAUAAUACAAUAUUUUUCCUCGUCACUGAUGAAUUUAUAAAAUGAUUCUGUGGCAGACUUCCAUAACUUCAGCAAUAAAAAAAUCUAAAAAAAA